AGCUCCUGCCUACCGGAUAGAACAUGUUGGCCUUCACUGCUCUUGCCCUCUCCAGCGUGCUUGCCGUUGCGAAUGCACACUUCCAACUCCAAUUCCCGCCGCCCCGGGGAGUCUUUGUUCAAGACUCCGAGCCCACUUUCUGUGAUGGUUACAAUUCGCCCGCCAACCGGACAUCCUUCCCGCUCACUGGGGGCUUCCUGACUCUGAACUCCGAGCACCCCUCCUGGACUGCUGGGAUCUUUGCCACGAGCAAGGCCAACCCGACGAACUUCUCCGACUUCUCGACGACCGUCACGAACUUCUUCCAGGACACCGGAGAGGGUGUAUUCUGCUUCCCGAUCAAUCUCUCCUCCUUCUCCGACGGACAAAACGUAACGAUCGAGGUUAUCUUCAAUGGCGGAGAUGGCCAGCUUUACCAAUGCGCUGAUUUGACAGUCUCCAAGUCUGCCACGAUCGCCUCCGACAUAGCAUGCACCAAUGCCACUUCGUCCGGGAGCUCGGCUGCUGCAUCAGCUAGCCGCACAGCCACUGGUUCAGCCGCCACAUCCUCGACGACAGCCCCGUCUGCAGGACAGCGUAUCCAAGCCAGCGUGUUUGGACUCGGACUCGCUGCUUUGGCGAUCGCAUUUGUUGCCUAA